AUGAGCUACCCUUCCGCGGCUCUCCUGUUGGACCCCAAGGCAUAUAAGAGACAGAAUACGACUGGUAAUACCUCACCUUUCACCCCUAUUUUUGAGCACAGAUGCGCAACAGGCGGUGAUCAAAGAAUGAAACCUCGAUACUUGAGUGAACCGCCAGAUUACAUGCCUGUUGCAUCCCCUUCCUCCCUUCCUCAGAAGCGCCAAUGCAUAGACGACUUUGACCCCUUCAAAAAAACAGAAACUCACUCUCAUUUCAAAGGUCGAUCAACCACCGGCAAUAACAAUAGACCCCCUGAUACCCAGAGACCCAGUGCAACUGGAGCUCCCCCAGGAACCUCGUUUGAUCCCAGACAGCUACUCAAUCCUCGACAGUACAAGGUUCCGGCCAGGCCUUCCCCGAACGCCCCGAACGCGAAUAACCCACAAGACUCGAAUAGCCCCAACUAUAACCAUAAUGGAGCCAAGUCCACUACAGAUACCCUUUCGGGUGGAGCAGGAAGUGAAAAUAUACAGCCAGGGGCUGACGGGUCGUCCACAGCCACGCAUCGAAAUAUGAUUGAGGACAUGUACGGAGUUGAGAGGAGGGAGAACCAGCCACAGAAACGAGUCAAGAUUGACAACGGACCGCCUGCAAAUAGUGGUAGAAAGAGUCAAGGAAAAUUUUCGAGCGCUGGUGCCUCAGUCCUGGGAGGGUUUAUGAAAGAAAAGGCGGAUAAUAUGAAACAGCCAGCUAUAGCUGCCAAUACUAUCGAUCUUACGGCAGACAAAGACGACGACAAAAAUGAUGACGAUGUGAUAUUCGUUGCUAAUAAGGAUAAGGGUGCGGAAGAAUUCCAGCGCCUCCUAGUUCUUGACUCUCACGUCUCCGCUGCCCUGGCGCCCCUUCUUGAUAUGACCUUCGACCUGCGAACGCAAGCCCGCCUCGACGUCCGCAGAAAGAAGCCGAACGAAUGGCCUGGCCAGGCAUGUUCCGAGUUAUUCCGAAUCUCUAUAAACCUCUACGGUCCUAGACGCAUUGCCGAUAAUAUUGGUCGCGUUUUAAGCCAAAAGAACAUUUGGCUAGGCAUUCCGAAUGCAGUUGAAGCUGGUAUCUCGACCUACAAUCCUCAUGCCGAGAGGCGCCGUCUACUGAUAGCUGCCGCGCAGCAGCAGCAGCAACCACAGCAAAAUCCUAGGUUUGCAGUUCAAUCGGAAGUCCGUACUGCUGAGGAGGUUAGCAGUGCUGUUACGAAGAUGUUCGAUCAGCUUCAAGGCGCUCAAAACCUUCCGGAGAUAGAAACACCAGAAUUGCUAAAGACCCAACUCCUACCCCAUCAAAAGCAGGCUCUUGGAUUUAUGUUAGAGAAGGAGAAACCACGCAAACUCGGUCCCAAUGAGGCAGACAACAACUCGUUAUGGAGGGUUGAACAAAAUGCCAACGGUCAGAGAGUCUAUCGUGAAAUUAUCAGCGGUGUGACGAUGGUCACAGAACCGCCUCAGAUCCUAGGCGGAUUAUUGGCUGAUAUGAUGGGACUGGGUAAAACCUUGAGCAUUUUAUCACUUGUAUGCUCAACUUUUCCCGAGGCAGCAGCUUGGGCAAACGAGAAACCGGUGAACCCGUCCACAAUCAAUGCAAAAACAACUCUGCUUGUAUCCCCUCUUAGUGCCGUCGGUAACUGGGUGAGCCAAAUCAAGGAACACGUUAAGACGGAUGCCCUCUCUUAUUACGUUUUCCAUGGACCAAAUCGAACUGAGGACCCUAAGGAAUUGGCGAAAUACGAUAUCGUUAUUACCACCUACACAACCAUUUUGAGCGACAUUUCAGGGAAAAGCUCUAAGAGAGGCACAAGCCCGCUUGUGCGUAUUAACAUGUUCCGCAUCGUUCUAGAUGAAGCGCAUAUAAUCCGAGAGCAAAAUGCCGCCCAGAGUCAAGCUAUAUUCCAACUAAACGCACGAAGACGAUGGUCCGUCACCGGGACUCCUAUCCAGAACAGACUUGAGGACCUUGGAGCGGUACUGAAGUUUCUGAGGCUUUCCCCAUAUGACGAACGAGGUCGAUUUUCUGCGCACAUAGUUUCACCUUUCAAGUGUGAAAGUCCUACUGCCAUUACAAACUUGCGUGUGCUGGUAGACUCAUUUACCCUUCGCCGUGUUAAGGAUCGCAUCAACCUACCGCCACGGCAUGACAAGACCGUUAUGCUUACCUUUUCUGAACAAGAGAAGAAACUUCAUGAUUUCUUCAAGAAAGAAUCUAACUUUAUGAUGAAUGUCGUCGCUUCAGAAACUCGCGAAAAAGUCAGCGGCAAAAUGUAUCAUAUAGUCUUGAAGGCUAUGAUGGUUUUAAGGCAAAUCUGCGCACAUGGCAAGGAGCUGUUGGAUAAGGAAGAUCGUGAACGGUUCCGAGGACUUACUGCAAACGAUGCUAUUGACGUGGAAGAACUUGAUGACGAUCACUCUACAAAUGCUGCCAGCCGAAAAGCGUAUGAAAUGCUAGCAUUGAUGAAAGAAUCAUCCGCUGAUGCUUGUGUCCGAUGCGGAAACUACAUAACCCUCCAAUCCGACGAUAGCCCGGGAGAUAAAAAUGCAAUGGUAGCCGCCAUUCUCCCCUGCUAUGACAUUUUGUGUGUCGACUGCUUUACGCCCAUUGGGCCUAAAUUGGACGAAAUUGCUGGCACACCCGUGCAAGUCUCUUGUGCAUUUUGCAAGAGUGUGAUCACCCCGACAUACUCCGUCAUAACAACCACCGGCUUCGAAGGUUAUCUAGCCUCACUUCUUGAAAAUAAAAAGAACCGCAAACAAGCCAAAGCAUUUGGGCUUUACGAAGGUCCUCAUACAAAAACAAAAGCUCUGGUUUCAAAUCUUCUAGAUACAGCUGAGGAAAAUAAAAAAUCUUCACAUCAACCUCCAAUCAAGAGUGUUGUUUUCUCAGCUUGGACAUCGCAUCUCGAUCUAAUCGAAAUAGCCCUGGAAGACAAUGGCCUAACCGGCUACACUCGCCUUGACGGCACCAUGUCACUAAAGCAACGGAAUACAGCGAUUGAAACCUUCUCCACAGAUGACAGCAUUACAAUUCUUCUCGUGACAAUAGGAGCCGGCGGAGUUGGCCUCAACCUCACAGCUGGGUCGAAGGUUUAUAUCAUGGAACCGCAAUAUAACCCUGCAGCUGUUGCUCAAGCUGUGGAUCGUGUUCAUCGUAUCGGCCAAACGAGAGAAGUCACCACAAUUCAGUUUAUUAUGAACGAUAGCAUUGAAGAAAAGAUCACCGAACUGGCGAAGCGGAAGCAGAGACUAGCUGAUAUGAGCUUGAAUCGAAAGAUGGAUAGACGGGAGAUGCAGCAGGAGAGACUUCAGGAAUAUAGAAGCUUAUUCAAGUGA